AUGAGGGAAGAGGAGGCCAAGAUGGAACUGGACCCUGAGCGGCCUCGGGUGCUGACCUUGAAGAAGGAGGAGGAGGCGCUGCUGCGGGCCAACGGCCAGGCGCAGCUGCUGCUGCUCCGGCGCCUCGCGAGCGACGCGGAGCUGCUCCUGGAGGACUCGGAGCUGCGCCUCAGCUCAGAGGUGCCGCACGCGGCGCGCUGCGCGGAGCUGGCGGCCAGGGCGCUCCUGGCCAGCAGCUCGGGGGACGCGGUGUAUUUGCGGGAGAUGCUGCAGGCAACGGCAGGAGCCGUGCAAGACAUGCCCCAGGCCUGUCUGCUGGAUGUGCCGGGCGGUGUGGACCCGAAGGAGCUCCGCCGCUUUGGGGACCUUGUGGCUGCAUACCUCCGGCCAAAGGAGCCGAUUCGUGCAAAGACAAAGCUCACCCCGGCACAAGCGGCUCUCUGCAAACAGCUGGGCCUCCACGUGGGCCAGGCGGUGGAGGUGCGCUACGGGGAGCAGUGGUUCCACGCCACGGUGGUGGGCUUCACGGAGCUGGGCACCGUGCAGGCGGACUACUUCCGCACCGACGGGUCCCUGCCCGAGUGCGCAGGCGGCGAGAUCGAGGUUGGUGCAAUAGACAUUCGCGCAGCGCAGACUCCUCGACCGAGCCGUGUUAUUGAUAGUGGAAAGCUGUUGAUCAUGGGAGAGCGCCGAGCGCGCCUCAGCGCGAGGCUGCAUGCGGCGGCGCAGGCAGAGCGACGAGCUGUCGCCACAGGAGUCGCCAGCUCCCUCCACACCAAAGAGCAGAGCUUGGCGGAAUCCAUGCUGGGCCUUCCUAAGGAUGGCGCAAUUCUGGACGAGGAGAUGGACUUUUCGGUGAGCUGCUUGGAGCUGCCCCCGGAGACCGCCACCGGCCAUGGCCUGCAUCGGCUCAACCAGGUGGCCCGAGUCACAGACGCCAUGCUGGAAGUUCUGCCCGGAGGGCGCCGCGCUCUUCUGGGCGGAGACUUUGAGGAGCGGCGCCGGGCGCGGAGUCUGCUGGAGCUGCUGCCCAGGGUGGGGCCUUAUGGCGACCUGGCCUCUUUGCCCACCGAGCUGCAGGACUGGGCGGUGCACCUGCGAGUCCCGAACAGUGCCCUGCGUGCAGUUCGGGCCAUGCAGCGGCAGGCAGAAGAAGAGACGGGCACGCUGAUCUUCUGGCUGCCGCCGGGGAGCUCCGCGCCGCGGCGCAGGGAACUGGAGCCCUUGGAGAACGGGGCCGCGGUGGAGGCGCAGUACCGGGGCUCCUGGUACAAGGCGAAGGUCAUCUCCAGCAGUGGCGACAGCGUGCAGAUCUCCUGGGACUACGACGGUUCCUUGGACGAGGUGGCAUCGGAUCAAAUUCGUCAAGAUGGUGCUUCUUCUCGGACAGCCUGGCUGAGGAGCUGCCGCGUGAUGCUGGCGCUGGGCCCGGAGCGGUGCCGCCUGAGCUGCACCCUGCGCGCCAUGGCCGCCGCGGAAACCGCCUGCCCGGAGCUGUGGAGCAGCGAGGAGGCGCAGGAGGACGCACAGACCGAGUUGCUGGAUGGCCAGGGCGAGGAGGACUUUCCCUACUCCCUGGAGGUGGCGGCCUUGGAGCAGUUCGACGCCCCGUGGCUCGGCGCUGAGUCGGGCGUGCUGCGGACCGUGGAGGUGGCGGCGCCCUGCGCCAUGCAGCUGGUGCCAGGCAAGUUGCUGCUGGCCGGCACGCAGCUGGACAGAGAACGCGCCAAGGAGUACUUGCAGUGGGCCCAGGAGUCCAGAAAGGAUGUGACCAACUUCGGCCUCAGAGCAGGCGGCCGCCUGAGCGUCAUGGACGCCGACAUGCGAGAAGACGUGCUGCCGGUUCUGCUGCCAGAGGCGCAGGCCGUUUGGCUGACGUUGGAUCGCAUCGGAGAAAUCCAAAAGGAAACUCGCACGCUCCUGGUCUUUGACACAGGGGGCGGCUCGCUGCUGGCCGGGGGCCGGCGGCUGCUGGUCUGCGGGGGCACGGAGCUGUCGCGGAGCGAGGCGGCGGCCCUGGCGCGGGAGGUGCCCAGCGGCCUGGCCCAGGUGGCGGAGGUGCAGCAGACUGCGCCACGCCGCACAGACCCCAUGGAGGUGCUGAACACCAUGGCCUGGCCCCAGUGCAUCAACGACUGGGGUAGGCUUCAAAAGGUGAUUUGGGCCGGGCAUCCCAAGCUCAAGCCGGGCUGGAUCCGGGUCAUGUCCAAGAGCCAGAAACAGGAGUACUACCUCCGACUCUCGGACAAGGAAACCACCUUCGACAUCAGCAAUGUGUUGGCCACCUGA